AGCCCACAAGCCAACCUCAUUUAUCUCUAUAUAUAUCUCUAGAUCCAUAUUCUCAUUCUCACAACUCACAAGUCACAACCACAAAACAAAAUCUCAAAGCUUAACCAAACAUGGCUAAAGGUACUACUUUUACUACCCUUCUUUUCUUUCUCCUAAUAAUAACUUUCCUUUCAAUUGCAAUUUCAACACCAACAAAUUUCAUCAAAUCAUCAUGUAGCACAACACAAUACCCAACACUUUGUGUUGAAUCACUUUCUACCUAUGCAUCAACAAUUCAACAAGACCCUCAUCAAUUAGUCCAAACAGCUAUAUCAAUAAGCCUCAACAAAACCCAAUCCACUAAAGAUUUUGUUACAAGGUGCAAAAAUAUCAAGGGUCUUAAAGCAAGAGAAUAUGCUGCCUUACAUGAUUGUAGUGAAGAAAUUAGUGAUAGUGUUGAUAGGCUUAUCCGUUCAUUAAAAGAGCUUAAAAUUUGCAAGAUCAAAGGUGAGGAUUUCAAUUGGCAUAUAAGUAAUGUUGAGACAUGGGUUAGCUCAGCUUUGACUGAUGAAACAACUUGUGGUGAUGGGUUUGGUGGAAAAGCACUUAAUGGGAGAAUUAAAGCUUCCAUUAGAUCUAGAAUGAUUAAUGUUGCUCAAGUUACAAGUAAUGCUCUUGCACUUGUCAAUCACUAUGCUAGUAAUCACUAGGAAGAAGAAAUUAAACAUUAUAGGAAUCCAAGUUUUUUCUUUUGAGGUUGUUGAGAAACACUUUAAUGUGGCUCUUUUUUUUUUUUUUUGUUGCUUUUUUUUGUUUUGUUUUAUUUUAUGUGAUAUGAUGUGUAAUGUGUAAUUACAUCUAUAUAUAAAGAAAAUAUGAAUCUUUGUGAUGCUUUGUGAAA